CUCCCCCUCCCGGCAUUUGAAUGUGAGAAAGAGAGGGAAACCGCCCAGCCCAGCCGGCGAGUACCCCCAGCUAUCCGCCGCCGCCGCUCCGGCCAUGCCGAGGUCCUCCUCCAGCCCCGGCUCCAGGCCGAUCCUGGGCCGGGCGAUGGCCACCAUCCUGGCGCUGCCGCUGACCCCGAUCUCCAAGGCCAAGUGCGGCCUGCUCCUCUUCAAGAAGCGCGCGUCCGCCGCGGCCAGGCGCCGCUGCUACAAGCCGUUCCGCCACUACAACUACGCGUACGUGGGCGAGUACCAGUUCUCGCCCUCCCGCUCCCCGCUCCUCCCGGGCCCGCCCCCCGGCGUCACGGCCUGGCGGAGGGCCGCCGCCAAGAGGCGCCGGGGCAGGGCCAGGAUGAUCCUCGCGUCGCUAUUCUGCGGCGGCGACGAGGUGGACGUCGCCGUGCUGGACGGGCUGGCGCGCCGGGCCGGCGCCGGCGACGAUGCGCGGUCGGACAGGGAGCAGCUCGUGCUCGCCCCGGCUCUUGAGUGGGGGCGCGACGACGGCGACGCCUACGCCUGCGACGACGACGAGGAGGAGGAGGAGGAGCAGGAGGUGGUGGACUACGGGGAAGAGGGGGAGGACGAGGAGGUCGACGGCCGCGCCGAGCGCUUCAUCCAGCGGUUCUACGCCGAGAUGAGGCUGCAGAGGCAGAGGUCUCUCGCCCAACGCCUGCUCUAGACGACCCCCUCGGCUUGCUGGUUCCUUCUGCAUCGGGUAGAAUCAAUCAAUUGAUCGUCGCUGCUAUCUUAGCUGCAGUUGGGUUAAUCUCUUCUUGUCGUGCGUCGUUCGUUCGUGUUACCGUCGUUUUGUCAUCAGGUGUGAGUUUGUUGUCGGAGCUGUCUGUUGGGGGAGAGAUUCUUCUCCCCUGCUGUAGCUCUACUUUUUUCCUGUAAUCCAUGUGUCUCAAUUUUCGUUUCUGUAGUGUUUUGAGUUUGUAUACAAUUACAGAUCAUGCGUGCUAGUAUAUGUUUUUGUUCCCACAAA